AUUAUAAAUUGAGUUGGCAAAAACAUGUAAACGUUGAUGAACUAGUCCAAUUUAAAUCAAGUUGGGGAAUCAUGGCUGAAGAGACAAUAAUUCUUAUAUUACUAGUUUUGGUCAUGCUUAUUGGAUCGUAUUUGGCAGGGAGCAUACCGAUGUUGAUGAAAUUGAGUGAGGAAAAACUUAAAUUUGUCACAGUGCUUGGCGCUGGAUUAUUAGUGGGCACUGCAUUAGCCGUUAUAAUACCAGAAGGUAUAAGAUCAUUGUAUUCGGGUAAUACGCGACCUCAACAACGAACUCCUGACCCGGAGCUCCAAGAUUACUCGCAGACUAUUGGACUUUCUCUUGUGCUGGGUUUUGUCUUUAUGAUGUUGGUGGAUAUAUCACAACGGAAAAACAAUGUCGGAAGUGACAAAAAAAACAAUACUACCUUGACUCUUGGAUUGGUGGUUCAUGCUGCAGCUGAUGGGGUUGCUUUAGGUGCAGCUGCCACGACAAGCCAUCAGGAUGUUGAAAUAAUUGUGUUUUUAGCUAUAAUGCUUCAUAAGGCACCAGCAGCUUUUGGGUUGGUAACCUUCUUACUGCAUGAGAAAGUCGACAGGCAACAAAUUCGAAAACACCUGGCAUUGUUUUCCUUAUCGGCGCCGCUUUUGACUGUUUUAACGUAUUUUGGGAUCGGCCAGGAGCAGAAGGAGACGCUAAAUUCUGUAAACGCCACUGGGAUAGCUAUGCUCUUUUCCGCCGGGACGUUUUUGUACGUUGCCACUGUUCAUGUUUUACCAGAACUUACCCAAGGGGGGUUGUCUCAGAACGAACAGCAUAAUUAUCGUUUGCUGGAGGAAUCUCGGGAUGUUACGAACGACAAAAAUGGGAGCAGUAGUAUUCAAGCGUUAAAAUAUAGUGAAUUAAUAAUUAUGAUUUGUGGUGCGCUACUUCCGCUAGUUAUAACAUUUGGACAUAGGCACUAGGAUGCCUACCAACAUUCCUAUCAAAUAAGAUUGUGUACAAAUUAAGGGAUAAUAUGCAACAUACAGAAGUGCAACAGGAACAUUGGUAUUCGCGUAAAAAUGCACGUUAAGAACCGUUCAUAAAUUUUUUAACACUCCCGCCAAGUUGUGUAAAAUGAUCAAGGCGAUUAAAUAAUAAAAACAAAAUUUUAAAGGGUUUUGGUAAAAUGAACAUACACUGGUGGCAAAAAUACUUUCACUUCUGCACUUUUUAUUAAUUAUUUAUUUAAUUAUAAUUUGUUUAUAUUCUUUUGGGAGUCAACUUCAACUUCGUUUCAGAGUUUUGAAGUCAAACCAAAAGAAUUUAUUUAUUAUACCGGUUAAGAGCUAAAACAGUCAAACUUGGCAUGCAGAUUCCCGGUCUUCCUGCGCAGCGCAAGCUAGUUUUAGCGGGGUACCACGCCCUCUCUAAAGCCCACAAAUGACCAUAACACUAAAAACAAUCUAUCGCCCAAAUUUUAAAAUAUUGAGUAAAUUUAAAUUAUGUGUUCUUAUUACCAAAACCCAUAUACAUGCCAAAAAUUAUUCAAAUCGGUCUAUUCAUUUAAAAGUUAGAGCCAAUACCCUGCAAAUUCAAUUGAGCUUGCACACCACAUGCAGCAAAUCGGAAGUUUUCACGAAUACGCCACUAGCCGCUAGAGGCGCCACAAGAUAUGUAAUUUUACUUAGUUUGGUAUUUUUAGCGACAUUCAUAUUGAGUGAUACGAGAUUUGCCAAAGUUGGGCAGUGGAUAUACAUUUUUAUAAAAGAAUUCUGGCAAGUACAUCUCAUAUGAGUAAUUUUUAAGUAAAUCUUACAUUUUAUUUACAUUACAUUUACAAUUAAAAUACAUUUUUUUGCACACUUUAAUCAACCAGGCCGAACAAACCAAGGUUUCUUCUCGUCUAAAUGCAAUUAAAUUUGUGUUAAAUUCGUUCAAAUACUUUUUAGUAAACUUGUUGGAAGAAUUUGCUAUUUAUUUAUGCGUCAUUAUCGGGUCAAAUAUAACAAGCCGAACUUCAGAAAGAUACCGAUUCUUGGUCGAGAGUAAAAAGAUGCGAUUAAUCGCGAGAUCUUUUGUGUAGACAUAUUCCGCAACUAAGGGUUCAAUUUAAGACAUGGUAAUAAAAGUGUAUGGUAGCACUUUUUUUGUAAAUGUCACUUUAAUGUAUAUUUGGUGUAAUUGGUUUUAGUUUAAUAAAAUUGUUUUCAGUAGCA